AUGGCCUUCUCCAAGGCUUCAGCUCUCGUUCUUGCCUUCGGCCUGGCGAACGCACUGCCACAAGUACCAGCAGGUCUUGCCAUCCCACCAGGUGCAGAGGAACUACCUGACUGCGCAGUCACACCACUUAUCACCCUCCUGACCACUACUGGGUGCACUCAAGUCACGACAGAGUGCCUAUGCCAAGAUCCAGCUUCGACCCUUGCCACCAUCCAGCCGUCCAUCAGAUCAUCGUGCACAGACGAUGCUGAUUACGACGAGGUCUGGUCAUAUGUUCAAGGCUUCUGUCCCACCAGCUCAUCGACCACGACUACCACCAACGCCCCAACCUCAAGCUCAUCUAUGACCAGCUCGACAGUCGUUGCCCAAGGCACCUCCACCACGACGACCACAACGAAUGGCACCGCCAUCGUUUACCCAGCUCCUACUACCAUGACCACCAACGGCACCGCCAAUGGAACUGCUAUCCUGGCCACUCUCACUCCAACAGCCACAAAGACAACCGUUGUCUCGGAAGGCGAGGCUUCCAACUACGGCAUGAGCUUCGCAGCUCUCACCAUUGCUAUUGGAUGCAUGACUUGGGUCUUUGCUGAGCUUUGA